AUGAGCAAAGCGUAUGAUCGAGUUGAGUGGCAAUUUGUUGAAGCCACAAUGCGGAAGAUGGGAUUCGGAGAACGAUGGAUCGGGUGGAUCAUGAAAUGCAUAAAGUCGGUUGUGUAUAAAGUACUCAUCAACGGGCAACCACGGGGAAAAAUAACUCCGAAUAGGGGCCUACGUCAGGGAGAUCCUUUAUCUCCCUACAUCUUUAUUCUCUGUACAGAAGUUUUGAUAUCAAAUCUUAAACGGGCAGAAUCUGUUAAAUCUCUAACGGGUCUGAAGGUGGCUCGUGCAAGCCCACCAGUAUCACAUUUACUAUUUGCGGAUGAUAGCUUAUUUUUUUGCAAGGCAUCGGUUGAGGAGAGUGCAGUUUUACUACAAAUUCUUCAGAACUACGAACGGGCAUCAGGCCAAAAAAUAAAUUUUGAUAAAUCAUCUAUCCAAUUUGGCCAUACGGUGGAGACAACGGUACGUGCGGAGAUUCAUCAGAUGUUAGGUAUACAUAAGGUCGGGGGAGUUGGUAACUAUUUAGGUGUCCCAGAGAGCUUGGGGGGUGCCAAAACAAAGAUUUUUAGUUUCUUGAUCGAUAGACAGCAGAAGCGGAUAAACGGCUGGACAUCUAAGGUUCUAUCUAAAGGGGGAAAAGAAGUAAUGGUCAAGUCUGUACUUUCGGCGAUGCCGACACAUGUCAUGUCAUGUUUUAGAUUACCAAAGGGAGUAACAAAUAAACUAACAAGUGCGGUAGCAAAUUUUUGGUGGAGCACAAAUUCCCAAACACGGGGUAUGCAUUGGCUCGCGUGGCGGAAGCUGUGUCGACAUAAAACUGACGGGGGACUGGGAUUUAGGGUAAUAGAAGAUUUUAACACAGCGCUACUCGCAAAACAGUUAUGGCGCCUAAUGGAUAACCCGGAUUCCCUGUUUGCUAAAGUUUUCAAGGGGAGAUAUUUUCGGAACUCAACCCCCUUGGACCCAAUUCGCUCUUACUCUCCAUCUUAUGGAUGGCAGAGUAUCGUUUCAGCUCGACCUCUGGUAUGCAAAGGACUUAUUAAAAGAGUUGGUUCAGGUUCAUCUAUAUCUGUAUGGUAUGACCCCUGGAUUUCCGAUUCUUGCCCGAGGCCAGCUAUCUGUAAAGGAAUUAAUUACUACCCACACCUCACGGUGAAUCAGUUAAUUAAUUCCCAGACCUCAACGUGGAAUCGACCACUAUUGCAACAAUUUUUUGAGAGUGAGGAAAUCACUCGCAUUACGGGUAUACCAGUGGCUACUGGAUAUAAACCCGAUACCUGGGGCUGGUUUUAUACAACAACGGGUCGGUAUACGGUUAAAUCGGGAUAUACUGUGCUACAGGAGCUUUCCGAUGAGGGGACACUACCAGUCUUUGGACCGGACACUCGGAGAUUGCAAGCGCAAUCCUGGAAGGUUAAAUGCACCACAAAACUCCAACAUUUUCUCUGGCAAAUUAUUACCGGAUGUUUAUCGGUUGGCGCACGUUUAUGUAGUCGGGGAAUGCGUGUGGACCCACUGUGCGUGAGAUGUGGUAUGGGAGAUGAGACUAUCAAUCAUAUGCUCUUUGAGUGUCCCCCGGCCCGACAGGCCUGGGCACUCUCUCCCAUACCUACGCCUCCCCAGUUUUUUCCUACGGGAGCACUGUACUCAAAUAUGGCACAUCUAUUCUGGAACCUCCCAGACAAUGAUGACAUGUUGAUGUAUCCAUGGUUACUCUGGUUUAUUUGGAAAGCUCGUAAUUACAAAGUUUUCUCAAAUGAUGAUCAAAAUCCGCAGGAAGUAAUGGAAUCUGCGAUAACGGAAUCCCGGGCAUGGGUAGCAGCACAAACGGUAGCAGACGGAGUAUCCAAUAGUAUCUCCAUCAACUCCGGCCACGUCCCACCGGGAGAGUGGUGUCAGAUUGAUGGAGCGUGGAAAGUGACAGACAGUCGGGCUGGACUUGGAUGGUACAAUUUUGACCCGGAUUCGGGCUCUGUCCUGAUGGGGUCUAGCAACCUACGGCGGGGUUUAUCUCCUCUUCAAACAGAAUUGGAGGCAUUGGUUUGGGCUAUGCAAAGUAUGCUAGUCCAUAACAAACGACGGAUGAAUUUCCAAACAGAUAGCGCUCAGUUGGUGAAGAUGGUGUCCAAACCUGCCGAGUGGCCAGCUUUUGCGAUCUUGCUUGAAGAAGUGGAGCAUUGUAGAGGGAUGUUCCAGGCGUUCUCCCUCACAUACAUUCCCAGAACGAAGAACACAAGGGCAGACAAGCUAGCACGGAGUGCUCGAGCUCAGCCCCAUGAUGUGUAUUACAUAAACUCAGUUCCCCCGAUUCCGCUUCCCGGACCGGUAUAG